AUGCGUCUUCUCGUUUUUGCGACUUUAUUCGGAGUCCUUCUCGACGCAGGUAAGGAGCUUUCAGUCAGACACCUGAGCGUCAGUGAGAAAUGUACGAGGUUACAUCGUGCGUAAAAUGGACAAACGGGCGUGCAGCAAAGAAGUUUUUUUAUUAUUCACAUGUUUGGAAUCGAUCGUUUUCAUCUUUUCAUAUGUGCGUAAUUUCUGCUUGAACGUGUUGCACCUGAUUUGGAUUAAAAAAUCAGAGCUGCAGCCGCGUGGAAACUGUUUUUCUCUGCGUAAUCAAAGUCUCCACGCAGGACUCUCAGAUCGUAACGCAGUAAAGUCCCAGUGAUGGUUUUGGAAAUGAAAAAACACGCAGAAUUUGGCGCACUCCGGAACAAUCACAUUGUGGUUUUUUGGUGCAGCUUUUACGCACGUUUGGCGCCGGACUCCUCUGCGCUUUGUUGGCACCGAGGUGUUAAAAUCAAAUCUUCCUUCUGCUUUGUUGUGUUGACUCAGGAGCUGAAGACGCUGUUUUUUUAGCACCAUUUGAGAUUCUGUUUCCUCCUCUGUGACCUUUAUUUAUCAUUCUGUUUCUUUCUGAGGAGGUUUUGGAUAAAAUGUUUGUGCUUUUGCAAACCCCCCUCACCUGAGAACCAGAACUCUUCUUACCUGUUUCCUCUCCAGGGGAAAAAACAAGUAGAUUUAAAGUCUUAUGGUGAACCUGAUCAAGUGUUUGUCAGGUGUUCCUUCUUAUCAGAGUGAUUGAUGGAGGCUCCAGAUAUUUGCUUUCUUUAAAAUAAUUAGUCCCGGGUUCUGAUGUUAGAUGUGGACCUUUAUCUGAUGCGUUGGAUGGUGCUGUCCCAGCUGAGAUUAAUGUCUCCUGCCAAUUCAAUAAUUACAUCGGUAAUGUAUGUCAGCGGGGACAGAUUGCCUGUGUGGGGCAUUUGGGAAGGAAAGGGCAGAAGAGAAGUUUUGAUUAAACGCCUCCAUGAUGAAGACGUCAGGGAGGAAAAUUAAUGAAAGCGGGCGAGUUUGGCAUAUUUCAGGUUUCUGUGCAAAUUCAAACAGACGUUUGUGAUCAGAGAAGAUGAAUAACAUCAUGAGGGGUGUUUUUUUAUCUCCAGAAAACACUAUAAAGCAACGAAAACCUCCUCCUCUCUAAAGGUCAUGCAGCAAAAAUGAUCUAAAACUUUGAUUCUUGCUUGAAAUCAGCACCAAAACCUGCGAUUUACAGAGAGAACUUCAGCCCUGAGUUUUAACAUCUUCUCCAUUUUGCAUCUGAAAGGAGUUUUACAGUCUACAGAGGCCCCCAAGAAGCACUGAGUGUUAUCUUCAUGAGGAGACGAAGUGAGACAAGAAGAACAUCCACCCAGACAGAGCGCAGCACGCCUCCUCUUUCUGCCUGUGUGUGUUGUAAUCGAGCUUCAUCGCCUUAAAUGCACGGGUUAAAGGCGAUUCAAAACAACCACUUUAGUGUUUUUAUCCUGAUACUCUAAAGCUCAUUCUCACCCCGAGUGUGAAAAUCUAUAACCUCUCACGAGACGGCCAAUAAAACAGUCUAAAAACAGCAAAGUCCUGAUUGCAUAUCUGCCUCAUGAGGCCGUGAAACCUCUGGCAAAGUGCAACCAAAGUAAGUCGAAGACAGAAAACGCCAAUGACACCGCCCUCUCACAGUGUCAUUAGUCGCCUUUUUAGCUGCGACGCCGUCAAAGGCACUCUCACAAAGCAAAAUCCAUAAAAGCCCCCGCUGUUUGACUCCAGAGGAAGAUAAAGAAGGUGCAUAAAAGAGGCUCGAAAUGUGUGGAGUAUUUUUCUAAGUGAUAGAAAACACGACGCACAAAAGAGAACACAAGAAUAAAGCAGCCGGUAAGAUCAGAAAACAAGAAAGAAAGAAAGAAAGAAAGAAGAAAGGCCCACGGGGAGGCUGCUUUUACGCCGUUAUUAAAAAGUCCCCUUUUAACAAAACUUUUAGUCGACCUACGACAGAAUCGACCCGGCCUUUUUCUCCCGAUUUGAACUCCGGGCUUAGCCUGUCAGCGCAACGUCAAACACAGCUAGCCUGGGUGACCAAGUGAAUGACGAGAUGAUUAUUCGAAAACAUCUGAAAAAUUGUAAUCUGAAAAAAACAACCAAGGCAUUCCUCAUUUUUGAGGUUCCUGGUUCCUACCAACAAUGCCACAAUUUCAAAAUGCUAUUUCGAGCUAGCAUCAUAACCAAUUUUACGCUUUAAUUUUCAUUAUUUUAGACCCCAGAACAAUAUCGUUAUUUUUUGAGUCUUAGAAGUAAAAUUUUUUUUAAUUUAAGGUCAAACACACCAGAACACCAACUUAGACCCCCCCCCCCCCUCCAGAGAUGAAUGUUGCCGACCGCUUGCUUCUCUAGUUUACCAACUUUAGUAACGACCGCAGGAUAGCAAUACAGAGAGCCACGCCCUCAACCAAAACGCCACUCUACAGUCACAAAUAAUGCUCAGAACAGCACCUAACUUCAUCAACAGCACAUAUAGGGUCACAGACAUAGUACUAGACACCAAACAUCAAGAGACCAAACACAACUCACCUACUCUCUUCCAGCAGCCACUUGUUUGUAGAGUCCAUUACAGACUACAGCGGAGUGCCGCAGCUCAAGGAAGAACAUUUAUUAUCAUUUCUUUAUAAUUUCCUUGAAGUAAGAAUCACCAUAUUAAUAAUUUUUCUCUGCAGACGCGGUAGUUCUUCUGUCUUAGUGUCUCUGUCUGAUUGUAUUUCCAUGAAGAAAUAACUUAAUUUUAUGCCAGAAUAUCCCUUUAAGUGGAUUUUGUAGGUGUUCCCCCCAUUCCAAGUCUGUGCAUCAAGCUAACUUCCUGUUAGCUAUGGCGUCAUAGUCAACAAACAUCCUGUUACGGAAAAAAUAGAACUCUUGCGAUCAGCUGUGGAGUCCGGUGAUCCGCAGCAGAACGUAGCUGCGAUCAGCAUAUACGGCCUUUUCUUAGCCGUUCCGGAUGCGGUGGAAAUUGGGGGUUAGUCAUAUCUCAACCUUGUCAAAUUUGCACGUAUUUCAGAUCCCUGAAGCCACCGAUAUUUUGAACUUCUUUGAAACAGAGGACUCUAUUUCACCUAAAACAUCGUAAAGAAAGCGAACGUUUAUCCCUGAUACUCCUUCAGGGAACUUUGAGAAGAAUAAAAGUACCACAGGCUCAGUUUUCUUGCAGUGUAAGUAAUGUUUGUGUAUUUUGGUGCAGGAGACGCCCUUCAGAUCCAGUGCUACCAGUGUGAGGAGAUGAAGCAGAAUGACUGCUCCACGCCGGAGUACAUCGUCAACUGCACCGUCAACGUCCAGGAUAUGUGUCAGAAGGAGGUGCUGGUCAAACCCGAUGGUGAGGGACGAGUUUGUGUCUGAGAGUGAUCGAUAACUGAAGGUGUGACAGACGGAGCUUUAACACGGCCCUGAGAGCUUAAAGUUUCGGUCGGCGAGAUGAUUAAGACGCCGAGGUUUCAGCAAUCUUCAUGGUCGGACAGUUAGCAUAAAUACUGACGUCUUGACUGAGAGGAUGUGGUAAACAAGCUCUGUGGAAAGAGCAGGUCAUGAAAAUCAUGUUUUUUUUGCAAUCUUGUGUUAUUUACUCGAAGUUAUGUAACCGCAGCAGACGCAAACAACACAUUAAUGUAUCUGCGGUGCUGAACCCCUCGGCGUUUUCCUCUCCUCCCCACCGAGGACGCUCACUGUGUCUUUUUUUAUCUACACCUUAAAAUCCCCCCAAAUAUAUGACUUACUGACCCGGCAGAGAAGGCCGAGCAGGUUAAACCAAUCCCCUGUGAUUUUCACAAUAAUAGACGCUGUUAUCUGUCAUUUCGCUCCUCUGCUCGGCUUCAAAGGCGGAGCAUGGAUUGAUGGACUCCCGGUGAUACGGAGAGCACAGACGGAUCACCACACAGAGUCUCACACCAGCUUCUCCGAGCAGCUCAAAAAUAAACCCACAGAAACAAACCCCGAGGUUUUAAGGAGGCGUUUUUGGUGUCUUGUUGUUGGGCUCUUACCCCGAACACUAUCUCUCCGGACCGGUUUAUUCGGCUCAUUCGUCAAAGCGAGGAGGCUGUUCUUCAGCCUCCACCAGAUUCGAUUAGCUUAGCGCCACGCUACAGGAAAUGAAACAGUUCAGUCUGUGGGGCGCCAAAGUCGCCAUUUGUUAAAGAAGGUUGUGCUGCUUAGAACGGAAACAUGAGACAAGAAGAGCAGGAAGGGGCUGCCUGUCAGUCAUAUAAGCCCCGCCCAUAAUUCUGUAAAUACAUGCAUUCUAUCGAGUUAAGAAAUACUGCCCCCCUGUGGAGCAUGUUGGAAUCUAUUAACUACCUGCACAACAAAAACUGGACGAGUACCACAGUCAGUACGUUUCCAUGACACUCAAAAAAAACAAUUUCUUCCCCAAUUAAAACUGGACAACUGAGGAGCACGUAAACACCUUAGUCCGACUAUAAUCGGAGUUUGAGAACUCCGAUUAUAGUCGGAGAACUCCGAUUAAGACACCCAGAUCGUAGGAGGCCGAAUAUCUUUGUUGAAAGUUUUAUUUCUAAAGGUUCGUUACUUCCGGGACCGUCACCGAGGGGUGUGGUUUUGGGAUGUUUGGCGGCUCAUUUAAAUCUCACCGCUGUAGUCAGACGACGGGUUUGGUAAGCGCUGAUAUUUUUCUGUUGACCGUUUUUCACCGCUUCAUUCAUUCACCCUGUUUUAACCUCAUUUCAUCAUAUCACCUUAUCAGCUGAAGGCAAAUAUUUUGGCCCCGGAUCGGCACCGCUGAAAAGACCCAUAUCGCCCCCUAGUUUUGUGGAGCAGGAGGACACAUUCAUGUCAGUAAUUCGGUUUUCUCCGCUGCAUGUAAACGAGGACAAGGAGAGAAUAGUUUAACAGUUUAACAUGGGAGUGAAUGGGAAUUCCAUGACUUAUGAAGCCGCCCUCCGGUGGACAUUUGGGGUAUUGCAGGUGUAACUUUCAACACUCGAGGUCGCUGCUUUGUUUUCGAUGGUGAGAAGUAGAAAUAUUCGUGUUCUGUGUCGUAUUAUUCGUAAAAUGCUGACUGCAGUAGCGCCUCUGUUUUACUGGACGUUAAGCAUGAAUUCAGCUAGUUUCCGCCUCUGUCUUUUGGUGCGAUAACACGUUAAUUUUGUGUUGUACUUGUGCUUUUAUUAAACACAGAUGCUUCUGACGUUUCCAGUAAGACUGAACGGAAACCUGGUGACAUAUUGCCGAGUUUAGUUUGAUGUUUUUAGGUCGGAUGUACAAACAGAUGAUGAAGGAAAGUGGUCGAAUUUGUUUGUUCUGCAUCCUCGAUCAUAAAUUUCUCUACAUUUCGAGGAUGUGUAAUUAGUUAAAUCUGAUUUUCCUCGUUCAACACGAACUAAAACCACACAAUAAGAAAGGUGCACAAAGAAUCAAACGUGUUCUCCAACAUAUCAUCACAUAAAACAUCCAAACCCGAUAGAGAAACUUCAGCCGGGCUCUCUGGGGCGCAAUAAAAAGUUCAGCGCUGCAGAAUAUGAGUUUUUUCAUACAGGCAACUAAAUUUUUCGUAACAUAUACGACACCAGCAGACAUCAGUUUAUAAGAGCAGACGUGAAGUCAAUACCUUCAUGGUUUUAUGGUGCAAUAAAGCUCUGAGGCAGCGCUGCGACAACAGAGGCAGCUAAACAUCACAUUUUGAAUCAAAGCAAUCUAAUUACAGCGCAGAGAGGAGAGAGAUUUUCUCUCCGUUUGUGGAGAUUAAAAAAAAUACGGCUGCAGAUGAAGCUUCUGUGUCUGGACGAACGUAAAAUGCAGAAAUUGAUUCACUCUUUCUUUUAUGCAGGGAUACAUUAUCGGAAAUCCUGCGCCUCCUCCGGCGCCUGCCUCAUCGCCUCCUCCGGGUACCAGCAGUUCUGCACCGGCAGGCUGAACUCGGUCUGCAUCUCCUGCUGCAACACGCCACUCUGCAACGGGCCCAGGAGGAAGCGCCCGCCCCAGUCUGCAGCCACGUCCGCCCGGCAGCACACGAACAAGUCUCUUCUCCUCUUCGUGACGCUGCUGACGCUCCUCCCUGUGACGUAG